AUGCCAGAAAUAUUGAAGUGUGGUCAAUACAAUAACGACAAGGGUGACCAAUACAAUGGUAAUAAUCAUCGUCAAGACAAUCGCCCACGAUACAAUCCCAAUCGUCGACAAUAUAGCAAUUCGAAUCGUGAUCAAAACGAUCAGCGUGGUAGUAGUGUUGGUCAACGACAUGGUGGACAACGACCAAGAAGUCUAUCAAGACAACGUGGUCCAAGACAACUGAGAUUGACUGAUUAUAUGCCACCAAAAUUCCAAGAUGAUGUAUUAGAUAUAGCAUUAUAUGACGCAAUACGUUUCGAUUCUGUUCGUUGUGCUGAUUUAUUUGUUGAAUAUGGUGCAAAUUUUGGAAGUAAUUGA